CGUUGGGAACAUGUAGGGACCAGAAUCGGCCUCUGGUCACCGGGGAUUCAGAAAUUCAUAAAUGUAGCUAAAGCAAAUAUGGCGCUGAAAUCGCCAUCUCAAUGGCUCUGGCGAAGGGAGACAGUGCCCUAUUGGGGCUGGGGAACCUGUCUUCCUUGGCCCUUCCUUCCAUAGUUACGCCCGCCCACAGCUUCCCUUGACCCCUCCCUCACAUCGGUGCCCCCCGGAGUUAGUUGGUAACUCCCAACGCUAAACGCUGCUCCGCACUCCUUCGUGCAACCUGGAUGCCCCCCCAGGCGGCCCUGCUCAGUGAUGGGUCCACCACCAUCCAUGAUGACCCCCUUACCUGGACAUUCCAUCAGCUACCUGCCUCCUGACUUCUGCCUUCUAGAAUCUGUCUACUUCUUUCCAUGCUUCCAUGCCACCAGAAUGCCUGCAAGCAGCUUCCUCUUUGGACCCAAGCUGCCAGAGGGUCCUGUCAAGCAGAGCAGGGGCCACCUCCUCACUCCUCAAUGCCUGCAGGCCAGCUUCAGCUUCUUCAGCUCAGGGUACCUGCUGGAGCAGCGAGACGUGGAUGUGAAUGUAUGGGACAAGUGGGAUAGUACCCCCUUGUAUUAUGCCUGUCUAUGUGGGCAUGAAGAACUGGUACUCUACCUUCUGGCCAAUGGAGCCCGCUGUGAGGCCAACACCUUCCACGGUGAACGCUGCUUCUAUGGGGCUGCAAGUGAUACCAUCCGCCGGGCCCUGCUUGAUUAUAAGCAAGUGACACCCUCCUCCAGGAGGCGGGACUACUAUGAUGAAUUCCUGCAGCGGCUUCUGGAUCAAGGCAUCCACAGUGAUGUGCUCUUUGUGGUGCACGGGAAGCCCUUCCGGGCCCAUCGCUGCAUUCUGGGUGCACGUAGCAGCUACUUUGCCAACAUGCUGGAUACCAAGUGGAAGGGCAAGAGCAUCGUGGUCCUCAGACAUCCGCUGAUCAACGCUGUGGCCUUUGGGGCCCUGUUGCAGUACCUGUACACAGGCGGCCUGGAUGUCGGUGUGGAACACAUCAGUGACUGUGAGCGCCUGGCCAAGCAGUGCCAGCUAUUGGAUCUGCUCAACGACCUGGAGGCCAAGUGCAAGGAAGUGUCUGAGUUUGUGGCGUCCAAGCCAGGCACUCACGUGAAGGUGCUGAGCAUGAGGCCCCCCGCAGAGGACCCCCGGCUCCGGGAGGACCUGGCCUUACUGGCUGACUGUGCCCUGCCCCCUGAGCUCCGAGGUGAUCUUGGGGAGUUGCCUUUCCCUUUCCCUGAUGGCUUCAACAGCUGUCCUGAUGUUUGCUUCCAAGUGGAGGGUUGCAGCUUCCUCUGCCACAAGGCCUUCUUCUGUGGCCGCAGCGACUACUUCCGGGCCCUGCUGGAUGACCACUUCCAAGAGAAUGAAGGGCUAGAGGCCUCUGGUGGCCUCCCAGCCAUCACCCUGCAUGGCCUCACGCCCCACGUCUUCACCCAUGUGCUCUACUACAUAUACACCAACCACACCGAGGUGCCCCCGGAGGUGGCCUAUGAUGUGCUGAGCAUGGCCGACAUGUACCUGUUGCCGGGCCUGAAACGACUGUGUGGCCGCAGUCUGGCCCAGCUGCUGGAUGAGGACAGUGUGGUGGGCCUGUGGCGUGUGGCCAAGCUGUUCCGCCUGGCACGCCUCGAGGACCAGUGCACUGAGUACAUGGCCAAGGUUAUCGAGAAGCUGGUGGAGCAGGAGGACUUCUCGGAGGCCGUGAGGGAGGAGGCGGCAGCUGUGAGAGGCCGGCAGGAGCAGGACUCCAUCCCUCUGGUAGAUGACAUCCGCUUCCACAUCACCAGCGUGGUGCAGACCUACAGCAACAUUAAGGAGAUGGAGCGGCGGCUACAUGCACUUGAGGACCUGCUGGUGUCCAUUGGCCUGGACUGCUGACUGACACUGGGCCACGGGCUUCCUGUGGACUACGCAUGUGGUUUGGUCGACCAUGUGCUCCAUUGUGUGCUCCUUGCACCCUCCAGGGCAUCGUGGUGUGUGGAAGAGACUCAUUGAGGCUCCCUACCCUGGUGUGCUUGGAGGCCCCAAGGAGGGUUACGUAGGAUGAGCCUCCUCCCCUCGUGCACAAACCAGCCCCCUCAGCCCUGGGCUGGGUACCACUCAGGGAAACCUGGGGUGGGAUCUCUUAGCCUCAUUCCCCAGGUCCCCCUCCCCUCCACUCUGGCUCUCCCUGGCUGCUUGCUUCCUAAAACCAAGCCACCUUCUCACAGGCACAGAGAUGGCCAGGAGGGAGCAGCAGAGUCUGUGUGGCAAUAAAGCUUGAAUUCACUGGGAACUUGA